GGGCCGGCGAGUCAUGCGGGCGCGGCGCGCGCUAUAAGAGGCGGCGGGAGGCGCGCGCUGCGGAGGGAUAGUCGCCGGGGCGCGCUGCGGGAACCCCCUUGCCGGCCGCUGAGGAGACGCGGCGACUUCCUGGGCGCCGCGGUGCUGUCUCGUUGCUGUCCGCUCGCGCUCCGAGGGCUCUGCCGCGGCUCGGCCUCGUCGUCCCUGGGUGCGCCCGCGUCUUUUCUCGCCUGCGCCAUGGAGCUCCCCGCGCGCUCGGCCCCGCAGAGCCUGAGAGCCCGCAGACGCCGGAGGCCCGCGGGCGGCCUAUAGCGGCGACUGCAGCGGGUCCCGGCCCCCGCCCGGGUGUUGAACUGUACAUAGCGCGUCUUAUUUAUUGGAGCAUCUCCUUACCUCAUGUUCCGCUUACGCGCCCCGGAGGCCGCGCACUGAGCCCCGUGGGCCGCAGUCCCGAGCAUGGCGCCCACCGCGGCCGCGCUCCUGGAGCCCGCGGGGCCGCUGACCGGCUACCUGUGGAUGCUGGUCCUGGGCUUCGUCAUCGCCUUCGUGCUGGCCUUCUCGGUCGGCGCCAACGACGUGGCCAACUCCUUCGGCACCGCCGUGGGCUCCGGCGUGGUGACCCUGCGGCAGGCCUGCGUCCUCGCCAGCAUCUUCGAGACGGUGGGUUCGGUUCUGCUGGGGGCCAAGGUGAGCGAGACCAUCCGCAAGGGCCUGAUCGACGUGGAGAUGUACAAUGCCACGCAGGAGCUGCUCAUGGCGGGCUCCGUCAGCGCCAUGUUCGGGUCCGCCGUGUGGCAGCUGGCGGCCUCCUUCCUGAAGCUCCCCAUUUCUGGAACCCAUUGCAUUGUUGGGGCGACCAUCGGGUUCUCCCUUGUGGCCAAGGGGCAGGAGGGCGUCAAGUGGUCCGAACUGAUCAAAAUUGUGAUGUCUUGGUUCAUCUCUCCGCUGCUUUCUGGUAUCACGUCUGGAGUCUUAUUCUUCCUUGUCCGCGCACUCAUCCUCCGCAAGGCAGAUCCAGUCCCUAAUGGUUUGCGAGCUUUGCCAGUUUUCUACGCCUGCACAGUUGGAGUAAACUUCUUUUCCAUCAUGUAUACUGGAGCACCUUUGCUGGGCUUUGACAGACUUCCGCUGUGGGGUGCCACCCUCAUCUCGGUGGGAUGUGCGGUUUUCUGUGCCCUUAUCGUCUGGUUCUUUGUGUGUCCCAGGAUGAAGAGAAAAAUCGAACGAGAAAUAAAGUCUAGUCCUUCUGAAAGUCCCUUAAUGGAAAAAAAGAGGAGCUUGAAAGAAGACCAUGAGGAAGCAAAGUUGUCUCUUGGUGAUGUCGAAAGCCGGAAUCCUGCAUCCGAGGCAGGGCCUGUCGCGGGGCCUCUCCGGGCUGCCGUGGAGGAGAGAACCGUCUCGUUCCGGCUCGGAGACCUGGAGGAGGCUCCCGAGCGAGAGCGGCUUCCCAGCAUGGGCCUGAAGGAGGAGACGAGCAUCGACGGCGCCUUGGAUGGUGCAGUGCAGUUGCCGAAUGGCAGCCUCGUGCAGUUCAAUCAAGCAGUCAGCCACCAGAUGAACUCGAGCGGCCACUAUCAGUACCACACUGUGCACAAAGACUCCGGCUUGUACAAAGAGCUCCUCCACAAGCUUCACCUGGCCAAGGUGGGAGACUGCAUGGGGGACUCGGGGGGCAAACCCCUGAGGCGCAACAACAGCUACACCUCUUACACCAUGGCGAUCUGUGGCAUGCCCCUGGAUUCGCUGCGUGCCCGGGAGGGCGAGCAGAAGGGCGAGGAGACGGAGAAGCUGGCGUGGCCUGGUGCGGACACCAAGAAGCGGAUCCGCAUGGACAGCUACACCAGCUACUGCAAUGCCGUGGCCGACGUUCCCUCCGCGUCUGAGGUGGACGCGAGCUCCAAGGCAGACGUGGGCCUGGGCGACCGGAAAGGAAGCAGCAGUUCCCUGGAGGAGUGGAGUGACCAAGACAGGCCCGAGGUGUCCCUCCUCUUCCAGUUCCUGCAGAUCCUCACCGCCUGCUUCGGGUCAUUCGCUCACGGCGGCAACGACGUCAGCAACGCCAUUGGCCCUUUGGUGGCCUUGUACCUGGUUUAUGACUCCGGAGAUGUCUCCUCCAGAGCGGCGACCCCCGUCUGGCUGCUCCUCUACGGCGGCUUGGGCAUCUGCAUCGGCCUGUGGGUCUGGGGAAGGAGAGUCAUCCAGACCAUGGGGCGAGACCUGACGCCCAUCACACCCUCCAGUGGCUUCAGUAUUGAAUUGGCAUCUGCCCUCACUGUGGUAAUUGCGUCAAAUAUUGGCCUUCCCAUCAGUACGACACAUUGUAAAGUGGGCUCUGUGGUGUCCGUUGGCUGGCUCCGCUCCAAGAAGGCUGUUGACUGGCGGCUCUUCCGCAACAUUUUCAUGGCCUGGUUUGUGACGGUCCCCAUCUCUGGCGUCAUCAGUGCUGCCAUCAUGGCGGUCUUCAAGUAUGCCAUCCUCAGAGCGUGACGCUGCUGGUCAUUGCUGAGACCCCGUACACCUCCCUGCUGCUCGGAGGAUGGCUGCAGUGUUACAGAGGACCCACCGCGUCUUCUGGAGUCGGGGAGCUGUGGGAGGGAAGUGUUACUUGUGCUAUAUUUGCUUUUGUGCUAAAUACAAUUUGUCUCAAAAUUAGCUAUGUAAAAUAGCCAGGUUUUCCUGAUUGCUACUGAGGUUCCUACUCCUGGGCUGUGAAUUCCUGUACAUAUUUCUCUCCCUUUUCUAUCAGGCUUCAAAUCCAUUGUCUUUUAAUUGUCUUUAAAAAAAUAUCACAUUAUCUUCAGAGACAACAACCAUUCGGAGCCAUCUGACGUAACGGGCUCUGCUUUGUUGGUGUCACCGGCUUCUGCCCCGACACGCACAGGGAUUUAACAACAAACGUGUGACAGGCCUCCCUGGAGCCUCUGCUAGAAGUAGCCCUUGUGCUCUGCCCCGUCAGGGCACUUCACAGAGGGACUUGGCUCUUUGGAUACUGAAAACUGAAGUUAGUAGCAACUUCUUUGUAAGCAGUUUACCGACUAUUAUUGCUAAAAGAAGUCGGAAGAAAAAGCCUCUGGCAACCUUGGUUAUUUUUUUUAAGACUUCUAGCAGUGUGGGAUGGAUGAAUGAAGUGGAAUAUGAAUUUGGGGGAGUUAAGAACAGCCUUCCAUGUUCAUCUGUCUACCUCUUAACCGAAUAAAGAAGCUUACAGUUUAUAGAAAA